AUGGGUGGCUGGCAAGGAUUGGUUUAUACGGCCGAGCAGCAAGCACGGCUAGGUGUAGACGAGAUGGGAAACAAACUCGCAAAGGAAGCUCCAGUGGCGAAAGCUGGAAGUCAAGCGCUUCCGGCCAUUACCCCACAGUAUGCCGCAGCACUUCUGACUUCAGAGAAGCUUCUGUCGGAUAUGUGCAGGAAGUACUUUCGGAAGUAUGAUGCGAACAAGGACGGCUUCUUGGAGUCGGAUGAGGUGGGUUCGUUGUGCCAGGAUUUGCACUCAGGUCUUGGCAUGUCGCUCACCGAUGAGGAGAUUGCGAAAUCCAUGGAGCCUUUCUCGCCAGGCCAGAAAGCUGGGCUUUCGGAGGAGGACUUCUCAACGUGGUUUGCUCAACUCCUCAAGGACACGGUCAAGGCCCAGGUUUCGGAGAAGAAGGAGGAGACGAAAGAGCCGUCGGGAUCUCAGUGA